UCUCUCUUUCUGUACGUCUUUCUCCCUCUCUCUGUCUCUCUCUCUCCCCGGCCCCCCCAGUAUGCCCGCCUGGUGGAAAUCGUGGGGAUGCACGACCUGGGGGUGGGCAUCACCCUGGGUGCCCACCAGUCCAUUGGCUUCAAGGGGAUCCUCCUCUACGGCUCCCGGGAGCAGAAGAAGAAGUACCUGCCCAAGCUGGCAUCAGGUGAGACCAUCGCCGCCUUCUGCUUGACUGAGAACACCAGCGGCUCCGACGCAGCCUCUAUUCGGACCAGGGCCGAACUCAGCCCCUGCGGUACCUACUACACCCUCAAUGGGAGCAAGCUGUGGAUCAGCAAUGGCGGCCUGGCCGAAAUCUUCACCGUUUUCGCCAAAACGCCGCAGCAAGACGAGACGGGGAAGAUAAAGGACAAGGUCACGGCCUUCAUCGUGGAGCGAAGUUUUGGGGGGGUCACCAGGUGAGCUGUCAAGGGG